GCGAUUGGUCGUGGUGUACGGUAGUGUCGCACGCUCGGUUGUUGUGAUAAUAUUUGGAAAAAAACGUGCUAUCUAGUGAAAUAUAUGAAAAUAAACAUUACCGAAGAAUUUAUGAAAAACAAGUAAACAUUAUUAGAAUAUUUUUUUUAAUCUUAGACGAAUUCAAGACAAAAAUGUAAUGUUUAUUCUGUUAUUUAUUUCUGUGUCCUCAGUGUAAGUGUAUGAAUGACAUCUAAACAAGGACGACUUGUUAAUAAUAUUUAAUAUUGGUUGUGUUCACGAUGGCGGCUUCAGGAGCUGCGAAUACGAGGCUGAAUGUCUAUCCAGCAGCAUCGGCUCCAAUGGGCCUUGCUAGUCCAGAUUUUGGAAUGUCUAUGUCUGUACCACAACAUAGUCACACAUUAAAAUUUGAGGCACGAAGUUCCAGCUGUGGCGAUUCUUCUUCCGAAGCUUAUUCACCAGAAUUACCUAGGGCUAAAGCGAGCGAUAGAGAAUGUCGGAUUAUAGCAGAGAAACAUCGCCGAAGUCAAUUCAAUUCGGAAAUUGGACAAAUGAUGACCCUUCUCUCUGAUAUAGUGCACUCUCAACGUAAAGUUGAUAAGACAAGUGUUUUGAGACUUGCUGCUAAUAAGUUACGAAAUGAACAUGUCUUUGGUAAUUCAAUCAAAUGUUGUCACUUAGAAACAUGGUCAAACGCAAUUCUGAAAUUUUUUGAUAUUAUUGGCGGUUUUAUGAUUGCUGUCACUUGUCGCGGUCGCAUCUUCAAUGUUUCUCCCAAUGUUCAGGAAAAAUUAGGUUACUGUCACAUUGAUUUGCUUGGCCAAGACAUUUAUAAUUAUGUUCACAUUGAAGAUAAAGAAACACUAAGAAAGCAUAUCUAUCCCGUUCAACUGCAGACAGGCUGUGACGCUAAAAUGUUUGAACAGCAUCAUAACUUUAGUAUCAGACUAAUGCGUGCUGGUACACGAGCUGAUCCUCCAAAAUAUGAGCGUUGCCGCAUUGAUGGCAUGCUUCGUCGAUCAGAUAAAGCUACAUCUAACGGAGUAGAAGAUGAGAAAACAAUUCGCAGGCAGAGGGUGCGACACCAGAGAACAUUUUCUUCCAGUGGCAACGAUUUUGUUUUCAUUGGUAUGGUCCACCUGAUCACUAACCCAUUACCACCAAGAAUGCUGCCACCAACAGCAUACACAGAAUACUGGACAAGGCAUCUAAUUGACGGCAGAAUUGUUCAAUGUGACCAGAGCAUAUCAUUAGCAGCUGGCUAUAUGACUGAAGAAGUGACUGGGACAUCUGCUUUUGUUUUUAUGCACAAAGAAGAUGUGCGUUGGGUAAUUUGUGUGUUGCGCCAGAUGUACGAUCAGAGCAAGGAAUUUGGUGAGUCUUAUUAUAGAUUAAUGUCCCGGUCUGGUCAUUUCAUUUAUAUGCGAACAAGAGGUUAUUUAGAAAUUGAUAAAGAUACAAAAAAGGUUCAAAGCUUUGUCUGUGUAAACAGUGUUAUAGGCGAGGAAUAUGGCCAUAAAAUGAUGAAAGAGAUGAAACGUAAAUAUUCAGUUAUGGUAGAUGAUGGCAGAAAUCAAACUGACAAAGUAGUUGCUACAGAUGAUGCUCCUGUUGAACAUCCAAAGCACUUGGAAAGAAUUGUUAUGCAUUUGGUAGAACCAGCUGUGAGUGAAAGCUAUGAUGAAUUAAAAUUGGUAGCUCCAUCAAAGGAAAACAUAAUUUCUGCAAUUAAGAAUAGUGAAAAGGUUGUGCAAGAGACUGGAGUUAGAUUUGAUACUAGAAAAAGGAAAAAUUCUGAUAGCGAUGACAACAGUGAACAAUUAAAAAGGCAUAGUUGCCUUUCAGACUGUUAAUUUUAUGUGUGUUCCUUCAAAUGGGCAUCUCUGUGCAAAUAUAGUUUCAUAAGUUAAAUAAUUACACAUUAAAUAGUACAUCAUCUAUGUUUGAAUGAUGCGUGUUAAAAUGAAUGUAUUUUGUUUUUAAAAUACCAUUCGGAGCCAAAUUGUGUCCAACUUGUCCCUCCAUAAAGUUAGUCUUUAUGUUUAUUAAUUUUUAAUUUUUUUUUUUAUAUGUUGAAGGGUAGGAUGUCAUAAAACCUUUUUGUUAAGCUUUUUUAAAUUGGAUACUAUUAAACAAGUAAUGUAGAUUACUUUGUGCCAAACAUGAUACUAAGGAUUUUUCAUAAAUAUUAAAUUAAGUAUGAUGAUAUAUUGUUGGGAAAAACUGAGGCACUAAAUUUGUAUAGAUGUAAUUGUAUGACACAUAACUAUAUAGAGGUAGUUGUUAUUGUGACAAAUAAUUCAUUUAGUAACAUCCAAACAGCUGAUGUUAAU